UGCAGCGCCCACGGGCAGAGCGCGUGGGCAGCCUGUGCCAGCCCCACCACAGGCAAGCGCCCCAGAGUGCCUGUGCACCUGGCGGCCAUCGGGGCCUCUCCUCCACCGCAGCCCCACUGCCCUGCACCAUGCCCUUCUGGCCUGCCAGGCACCUGAAGAGGAGCCGGCAUCUGUCUAGGGGUGGUGCCGGCGAGCGGGAGAAGGUGCCGGCCAACCCGGAGGCGCUCCUGCUCAUGGCCAGCUCCCAGCGCGACAUGGAGGACUGGGUGCAGGCCAUCCGCCGGGUCAUCUGGGCCCCGCUUGGCGGAGGGAUCUUCGGGCAGCGCCUGGAGGACACAGUCCAUCAUGAGCGGAAGUACGGCCCCCGCCUGGCCCCGCUGCUGGUGGAGCAGUGUGUGGACUUCAUCCGGGAGCGCGGGCUCGCCGAGGAGGGGCUCUUCCGCAUGCCGGGCCAGGCCAACCUGGUGAGGGACCUGCAGGACUCCUUUGACUGUGGAGAGAAGCCGCUGUUUGACAGCACAACGGACGUGCACACGGUGGCCUCCCUGCUGAAGCUCUACCUGCGGGAGCUCCCUGAGCCUGUGGUCCCCUUCGCCAGGUAUGAGGACUUCCUCAGCUGCGCCCAGCUGCUCACCAAGGACGAGGGGGAGGGGACUCUGGAGUUGGCUAAACAAGUGAGCAACCUUCCUCAGGCCAAUUACAACCUGCUCAGAUAUAUCUGCAAGUUUCUGGAUGAAGUUCAGUCCCACUCAAAUGUCAACAAGAUGAGCGUCCAGAACUUGGCAACUGUUUUUGGACCUAACAUUCUGCGACCACAGAUAGAGGACCCAGUGACCAUCAUGGAAGGCACCUCCCUCGUGCAGCACCUGAUGACCGUCCUCAUCCGCAAGCACAGCCAGCUCUUCACUGCCACGGCCCUGCCAGGGCCCGCGUCCCCGCGUGGGGGCCCACAGUGCACAGUGGGCUGGGGCUCCGAGGAGGUCACGAGGGACAGCCGGGGAGGGCCCGGCGGCCCGGCUCUGCCCGCGCAUAGGACCCCGUCUGUGGACGAGCCCGUGGCCGGGCUGUGCGGGGCCUCCCCCACGGGGCCGGGCAGCCGCCCCGCAGCCACGGGCCCUGCGAAGAAAGUGCAGACUCUGCCCGGCUGGAAGUCGUCCUUCCGGCAGCCGGGGUCCCGGUCGGGGAGCCCCCAGGGGGGCGGCUCGUCCCUGGAGGUGCCCGCCGUCUCCUCGGGCGGGAACUGGCUCAUGAACGGGCUGUCGUCGCUGCGCGGCCACCGCCGGGCCUCGUCGGGAGACCGGCUCAGGGACUCGGACUGCGCGCAGCGACUGUCCACCUACGACAACGUGCCGCCGCCCGGCCCGGCGCGCGGCAGCCCCAGCGCGGCCAGCAGCAGCGCGUGGUCCGCGGCGUCGUGGGGCGAGGCCCCGGCGGGGGGCUCUCUCGGCGGCUGCAGCUCCUCGGCCCGCAGCUCGCCGCACCCCGAGUGGGCCCUCGAGCCGUCCCCGCUCCCCAGCGACGGCGAGGACCGCCGCUCCCCCGGCCCGGGCCACAGCGCGGACAGCGAGCCCAGCGAGCCGGGCAGCCCCGGCCAGGAGCGCGCGCGCCGCCCUGAGGCGCUGCAGGGCCUGGUCGCGGAGCUCAGGCUGGAGCUGAGCCGGCAGAGGACUGAGUAUGAGAUGAGCAUGAAAAGACUCGAGGAAGGUAGUGCCGACCUGAGGAAGCGCAUGUCCUGCUUGGAGGAAGAGCUGGAGCAGGAGAAGAAAAGGUACGUCCUGCUGGAGAUCAAGCUGCGGAACUCCGAGCGGGCGCGGGAGGACGCCGAGCGGAGGAACCAGCUGCUGCAGAGGGAAAUGGAGGAGUUUUUUUCAACCCUGGGAAGCUUGACUGUUGGGGCAAAAGGUGCCAAAGCCCCCAAGUAAAAGGAAGGGCAGAACUCCCUUCUGUGUUGUCUGCUGGCCUCCGCCACGCGAGGAGUCAGACCCCUCUGUAGCUUGGACCUAGGCCUUCAGCAGGGCCAGGUGCCCUGCAGCCACCUGUGGGGACUGGUGGGACCCCACGCAUGCCAGGCAGGAUCCGGAUGCUGCUCCAACCAGGGGGAGCCUGGCGGGUGUCAGAGAGGGGCAGCGUUUAGCCCCUCAGCCAGGAAAAGUCCCCCAUGGCCACCUAAAUGGAUGGCACCCAGGAUCUGGGUAGCCACCAGGAACAGUUUGCUUUAUUAAAUUUGCUCAGAAAGCACGA